AAAAAAAAAUAAAAAAAAAUUAUAAUUUUUUUUUUUAAUUUCAUUUUUAUUUAAUUUUUUAUAUAAUAAUAGAAUUUUAUAAAAAAUAAUACUUAUUAACACAAAUCCAAAUUGUUACAAAGAAAUGCAAGUUUUAAUAGAAAUUAAUGAUAACCAACCAGCACCUAAUGUUAUCAAAUACACAUUAGAAAACCCAUCUCAGAAUCUUGGACACAAAUUAAAGAUUUCACAUAUUGUAAAUGAUCCAACUGCCCCUCUUUAUGUGAAUUAUAAUAAUUUAAACAAAAAAUAUUUCGGCUAUAUGGAAUAUUUACUCGUAAGACCAAAACAAAAACAUACUUUAAAAAAUGGCCACAUUGUAAAAAAAAGCAAUCGUAAUGGCCACAACCGUAAAACAACAACAACAACAACAACAACAACAACAACUACCACUACUACCUCUACAACAUCUACAUUGGAGCAGCAAAAUAUCAACAAAUUCACUUAAAGAAUUUGAAAUAAUAUGAUUUGUGUAUUUCUAAAUGAAUACUUAUAAAUCAAAUGUACCAACAUAUGAAUAAUAAUCAAUUCAUUUCUUAAUAUACACAAUCAUAUUAUAAACCAUCAUUUAAUAAUAUUUUAAUUAAUAUUAAAGAUGGUAGUAAUAACACAUAUCACUUUGAAGUAUAUAGUGAAAUUAUUUUAAACUUUAAAUAAACUUAAACCACUUUACAACU